AUGUGCCAACCCACCUGCCUAACCCCGCCUUGCCCCCAAUUUUCCCACGGUCGCUACAUCCACUCCGAUUCCUGCGAGUAUACAACCUGUGCCUACCUGCUCCCCGGUGCCGAUCUGCAAUUCUGUCCCGCGCUUCAUCUUCUCCCCCGACGCCAUCUACACGCAGCGAGAAACCUGCAAAUCAAGAUAAGUGUCUUGAGCAGUAGCGGUGAGGACGCUCAGAGUUCGUCGGGGCCGAUAGUGGUUAGCAAAUUCUCCUGCAAGGGCCGCGAUCCGGUCAUGGUUUGGCGGAGGCUGGCCAGUUUGGUCGAGGAGGUUGAUCAGGGGGCCGAGGAGAGUGGGAAUGAUAGCGAGGGGAUAAGGGAGGUGAAACUAGAUUUGGGGGUUGCGAAUGCGCGGUACGCGGAUGUGGUGGCGGUGCUUCGGGUGCAUGUGAAGGGUGAUGCAACCGAGGGCCAGUCGGCGGAGGAGUUGGCGGCGUUGGCGGAGAGGUUUGAGCGGUUGAAUGGAUACUUCCUCUCUGGGAAGCGCUAG